CCUAGUUUGAAGAGACAUAUGAAAACUCAUACGGGGCAGGAAUCUCAUCCUUGCGACGUGUGUAAUCACAUUUCUACAACAAAAUACAAUUUAAAAAGGCACAUGCGAACUCACUCGGGCGAGACGCCGUACGAAUGUAAUAUCUGCCACCGUAAAUUUCCCGACGGUAUUAAGAGGCACAUGAGAACUCACACUGGGGAGAGACCGUAUUCUUGUGAACAUUGUCAGUACAAAUGUGCGAGCGCGAGUUGUUUGACAGUGCACACGAGGUCGCACACUGGCGAGAAACCAUAUUCGUGUCAACAAUGUGAUUAUAAAUGUACGCGAUCUACUGCACUGAAAGCACAUAGUCGAACACACAGUAGGGAGAAACCGUAUUCUUGCCAGCACUGUGAUUAUAAGUGUUCCAACUUAAAUGGUCUGAAAUCCCAUUGGAAAAAACACACUGGCGAGAAACCUUUUUCCUGUGAGGUUUGUGACUAUAAAUGGUCCACAACAAGUUCUCUAAUACUUCACAAUAGGGUACACACUGGAGAGAAACCAUAUUCUUGUAAGAUUUGUGAAUAUAAAUCCGCGACCUCGAGCUGUCUGAUAGUCCACAUGAGGACUCACACGGGAGAAAAACCGUAUACCUGUGACGUUUGUAAGAAUACAUUUACGACAAAAUCCGCUUUAAAAAUACAUAUAAUGGGGAAUCACAAGGAUUAGACACUCGCAAAUUGUAUUGUUACUGGCGAGUUAAAGCGAAUCUUUGAUGAGUGAAUAAACUUUCAGCUUUUGUUCUAUGAGUUACUUUAGCAAAUAGUAAUUUUCAUAAUGUUUAUAUUUUGUAUACAACUUGUAAUAGCAAUAAGAAAUGAUAUUGAAGGACUGUAUUCUGAUCUGCCGUCGCAAAUAUAUGGGUAUUUAAAAAUCUUGUAUUUAAGAAGCCCGGAAUGAGUGAUUCCAACGAUGCCAAGAUGAAUAGAGUAAGAAAUAAAACAAAUGUCAGUGUCA